AUGGUUGCAGCAGCAGAGGUCACACGAUACCCAGAACCAGCAAAUGUUCCUAGUCAACUACGAGAUGACGGUCCGCGCAAGCUUGGAACCUGGGACAUUGACCUGCUUGCCCUCGAAGGCAACGAGGGAGGCAAGCUCCCAAACGACCACUUGACGUGGCUGCAAGCAAUCCCAGCCGAUGCACCGAUAGAACACAUCCGUGCCGCUUAUUCGCGUGACGGGGUCGUUCACGUACGUGGUGUCCUUGAUCGAGACAAGGUGUUCGACACGCGGGCAAAGUUCUUCGAGUAUGUGUCCCCAUCUGGGGUCCUCCAGCCCGAGACGGCACCGCGAGAGGGCCUGUACAACACUCAGCUGGAUCCUGCCCAGUUUCCCGGGCCCAGUGCAACGCAGUUCAACCGCAACCAGAAUGACAACAAACUGCUGGACCUGAGUGUAUCUGCCGGUUACGAACCAUUCAUCGUCGACUUUAGUGACGAUCCCGCCUUGCUUGGGUUUGUGGGCAGGUUGAUGAGCGACUGGCAGGAGCCGUUCCGCUUCAAGCGCCAGCUGCUCAGGACAAACAUCCCGCGCACGUACAAAGCAGCCACCCGUGUACACUACGACCAAAUGUACCUUCGAGGGAUGGAACCGGGCGCGGUCACUGCCUGGAUCCCGAUGGGCGAUGUGUCGCCCGUUUCCGGUGGGCUCAUGUAUCUCGAGGACAGCGUGCCGCUCGGUCUCGAGCUCGAGAACAAGUUCAAGGAGAUGAACAAGGACUUGCCGCCAGAGGAGCAGCUCAGUGCCUUCAACCAGAACAUGCUCUACGGCGGUGGUCUCACCAAGGACUGUCGGGCAUUCUCGCUGGCUACUAACCGCCGCUGGCUUGUGGGCGACUAUCGCGCGGGCGAUGUUGUGUUUCACCACUCGUGUAUGAUACACUGCAGCGCCAACAACGAAGACCCCGAGGACCGUAUUCGUCUCGCCACCGAUGUCCGGUUCGCCGACAGGGCCCAGCCGUACGACGUACGCUGGGAGGAGUUUUAUUACCCCGGCGACGGCAAGUGA